CGCUGUGCCGCCUCCUCAGGACACUGAGGAGCCCCUGGUGCCCGCGAAGGGGCAAGAGGAGUCGGGACUGGGGAGCCGGCGCUGAGGGAGGAGUCGGGUCGGAAUCGCCGAGCCGAAGGCCCCCGGGCGUGGAGGUGGGGGGCUGAGGCCCCCAAGGGGGCCCCACCGCGAUGGGCAACCUGGAGAGUGCCGAGGGAGGACCGGGCGAGCCGCCCUCAGUCUCCCUGCUGCUGCCACCCGGCAAGAUGCCGAUGCCCGAGCCUUGUGAACUGGAGGAGAGGUUCGCCCUGGUUCUGAGCUCCAUGAAUUUGCCUCCUGACAAGGCCCGGCUUCUGCGGCAGUAUGACAAUGAGAAGAAAUGGGAUCUGAUCUGUGACCAGGAACGAUUCCAGGUGAAGAAUCCUCCCCAUACUUACAUCCAGAAACUCCAGAGCUUCUUGGACCCCAGCGUAACUCGGAAGAAGUUCAGGAGGAGAGUGCAGGAGUCAACCAAAGUCCUGAGGGAGCUGGAGAUUUCACUUCGCACUAAUCACAUUGGGUGGGUGCGGGAGUUUCUGAAUGAUGAAAACAAAGGCCUGGAUGUGCUGGUGGAUUAUCUGUCCUUUGCCCAGUGUUCUGUCAUGUUUGACUUUGAGGGUCUGGAGAGUGGUGAGGAUGGUGCAUUUGACAAGCUCCGGUCCUGGAGUAGGUCAAUCGAGGACCUGCAGCCGCCCAGUUCCCUGUCGGCCCCUUUCACCAACAGCCUCGCUCGCUCUGCGCGCCAGUCUGUGCUCCGAUACAGCACUCUCCCUGGACGCAGAGCCCUGAAGAACUCCCGCUUGGUGAGCCAGAAGGAUGAUGUCCACGUCUGUAUCCUUUGUCUCAGAGCCAUCAUGAACUAUCAGUAUGGCUUCAAUCUGGUCAUGUCCCACCCCCAUGCUGUCAAUGAGAUUGCACUCAGCCUCAACAACAAGAAUCCAAGGACCAAAGCCCUGGUCUUGGAGCUCCUGGCAGCCGUGUGUUUGGUGCGGGGAGGUCACGAAAUCAUCCUUGCUGCCUUUGACAAUUUCAAAGAGGUGUGCAAAGAACUGCAUCGCUUUGAGAAGCUGAUGGAGUAUUUCCGGAAUGAGGACAGCAACAUUGAUUUCAUGGUGGCUUGUAUGCAGUUCAUCAACAUUGUUGUGCACUCAGUGGAGGACAUGAACUUCCGGGUCCACCUGCAGUAUGAGUUUACCAAGCUGGGGCUGGAGGAAUUCCUGCAGAAGUCAAGGCACACAGAGAGCGAGAAGCUGCAGGUGCAGAUUCAGGCAUACCUGGACAACGUGUUUGAUGUGGGAGGUUUGUUGGAGGAUGCUGAAACUAAGAAUGUAGCCCUGGAGAAGGUGGAGGAGCUGGAGGAGCAUGUGUCCCAUCUCACUGAGAAACUUUUGGACCUGGAGAAUGAGAAUAUGAUGCGGGUGGCAGAGUUGGAGAAACAGCUGCUGCAGCGGGAGAAGGAACUGGAGAGCAUCAAGGAGACAUAUGAGAACACCAACCACCAGGUGCACACCCUGCGGAGACUCAUUAAGGAGAAAGAAGAGGCCUUCCAACGCCAAUGCCACCUAGAACCAAGUUCCAGGGGUUUAGAGUCUGUAGGUGGCGAGGUCCUGGCUAGGGUAGGCCCUGCAGAGCUGAGUGAGGGCAUACAACCGUCUGACCUGGAUCUGCUGGCUCCAGCCCCACUGAAUGAGGAGGCCCUUCCUCUGCCCCCUCCACCGGCUCCGCCCUUGCCUCCACCCCCACCUCCAUUACCAGACAAGUGUCCCCCAGCCCCACCUCUCCCUGGUGCAGCUCCCUCUGUAGUGUUGACAGUGGGCCUGUCAGCCAUUCGCAUUAAGAAACCUAUCAAGACCAAGUUCCGCCUGCCGGUCUUCAACUGGACAGCAUUGAAACCCAAUCAGAUCAGUGGCACUGUCUUCAGUGAACUUGAUGAUGAGAAGAUCUUGGAGGACCUGGACCUGGACAAGUUCGAAGAAUUGUUUAAGACAAAAGCCCAGGGUCCUGCUCUUGACCUCAUCUGUUCCAAGAAUAAGACAGCACAAAAGGCUGCCAGCAAGGUGACCCUCUUGGAAGCCAAUCGUGCCAAGAACCUGGCCAUCACCCUACGCAAAGCUGGCCGCUCAGCCGAGGAGAUUUGCAGGGCCAUUCACACGUUUGAUCUGCAGACAUUACCAGUGGAUUUUGUGGAGUGCCUGAUGCGCUUCCUGCCCACAGAGGCCGAGGUGAAGCUGCUGCGGCAAUAUGAGCGUGAAAGGCAGCCCCUGGAGGAGCUAGCAGCCGAGGACCGCUUCAUGCUACUCUUCAGCAAGGUGGAGCGGCUGACCCAGCGAAUGGCUGGCAUGGCCUUCCUGGGCAACUUUCAGGACAACCUGCAGAUGCUCACACCGCAACUGAAUGCCAUCAUUGCAGCCUCCGCCUCUGUCAAGUCUUCACAGAAGCUGAAGCAGAUGCUAGAGAUCAUACUUGCACUUGGGAACUACAUGAAUAGCAGCAAGCGGGGAGCUGUGUAUGGCUUCAAGCUCCAGAGUCUGGAUCUGCUACUAGACACCAAGUCCACUGACCGGAAGAUGACACUGCUGCAUUUCAUCGCCUUAACAGUGAAGGAGAAAUACCCAGACUUAGCUAACUUCUGGCACGAGCUUCACUUUGUGGAGAAGGCUGCAGCAGUGUCCCUGGAGAACGUGCUGCUAGAUGUGAAGGAGCUGGGCCGGGGCAUGGAGCUGAUUCGUCGGGAGUGCAGUAUUCAUGACAACAGUGUCCUUCGGAGUUUCCUCAGCACCAAUGAAGGCAAACUGGAUAAGCUCCAGCGUGACGCCAAGACAGCUGAGGAGGCCUACAAUGCAGUUGUGCGCUACUUUGGCGAGAGUCCCAAGACCACACCUCCUUCUGUAUUCUUCCCAGUGUUUGUCCGAUUCAUUCGUUCUUACAAGGAAGCAGAACAAGAGAAUGAAGCCCGCAAGAAACAGGAGGAGGUAAUGCGGGAGAAGCAGCUGGCUCAGGAAGCUAAGAAGCUGGAUGCCAAGACUCCAUCCCAGAGGAACAAGUGGCAACAGCAGGAGCUAAUUGCAGAGUUGAGGCGGCGCCAGGCUAAGGAGCACCGGCCAGUUUACGAGGGGAAGGAUGGUACCAUCGAGGACAUCAUCACAGUGCUGAAGAGUGUCCCUUUCACGGCCCGUACUGCCAAGAGGGGCUCACGCUUCUUCUGUGAUGCAGCCCACCAUGAUGAAUCAAACUGUUAACCACCAAGGUUGGGGCCCCUGACAGGUACCGGGCAUCACAGCUACACCCUUUGCAUGCCCACCUUUCUGGACUCCUGUGGGAGCCCACAGGCACCUCCCCUGCAUGUCUGUGGCAGGCAGCCUCCCGGGGUGGGGAUACAUACUUCUGGCAUGCCUCAUGCUCUGAGAAGCAUGGCUUAUCCCCUGCAUGUGCCCUUGGGGAAGUGGUAUCUCUCCCACU